CAGAUUAAGACUAAGCAAAAAUUGCAAACGUAAACAAAUUCAAAACAUUCAAAAAGAUUAAAUAAGUCCUAAGAUUAUUUUAGCAAAAUGAUUUAUAAUUUGUACAUUUUCGAUAAAUAUGGAACACUUAUGUAUUACGGUGAAUGGAAUCGGUUGAAGCAAUCCGGAAUAACCAAAGAUGAGGAAGCCAAACUCAUGUACGGCAUGCUGUUCUCGCUCAAGUCCUUCGUCAACAAGAUCUCCCCGAUCGACCCGAAGGAGGGUUUCCUGUUCUACAAAACCAACAAGUACGCCCUGCACUACGUCGAGGUGUCCUCCGGGCUCAAGUUCGUCCUCAACACCGACACGACCGCCACCGGCAUCAAGGACUUCCUGCUGCAGCUGUACAGCAAGAUCUGGGUCGAGUACGUGGUGCGGAACCCCCUCUGGACGAUCGGAACCCCCGCCACUUCGGACCUCUUCAAAACAAAGCUGGACGAGUUCGUGCGGGCGUCCCCCCUGUUUGGACCGAAAAUAAUCUGAGAGCAUUUCCGUUUUCGAUUUAUUGCUUCAUAAGUGAUAUAAUUUCUGUGUGUUUUGUGUAAGGGGAAGUUACAUGCUUAAUAAAGUUAGAAAGCCUUCUUCACCUUCCGGUACUGCU